AAUAAAACCCCCAAAUAAAAAAGGCAAACAAUCCAACCAAAAUCUGCAACAAUUGUAACAAACUACUGUAACGUUCAAACGCUGCAGCAACAACAGUAACAGUAGCACCAGCUGCUCUCUAUUAACAGCCGUGUCACCCUCACAUCCCUCCCUUCUCUCUCACUAACAGCCAACUCUCUCUUUUUUUUUCACCCCAAAUUCUUCUCUUCUUUCUUCUUUCUCCAAACCAAAAAAACCAAGAAAAAAAAUGUUGUCAAGAGCAAAUAGUGUUGCUUGGAUGAGUGAGAGAGAUGAAGAAAAUUCAUCAGUUACAUGGAAUCAUAGAGAUAGUUGUGUUGUUGGUGGUGUUAGUACUACUAUUAAUGGUGGCGAAGGUGAAAACAGAGAACAUAUUGUUGAUAAUGUUGAUGUUGCUUCUCUAUCUUCUUUUAAAUCAAUGUUAGAAGUUGAAAAUGAGUGGUAUGAUACUAUAACUAACCCAACUUCAAUCCAUUUUUCAACCACAAAUGAGGGUCAUCAUACACAUACUACUACUACUGAUAAUUUGAUUUUAAAUCCUAUUGAUUCAUCUUCUUCUUGUUCACCUUCACCCUCUGUUUUUAAUUCAGGUGGUAUUGACCCAAAUCAUGUAGUACCUUCUUAUAUGUUUGCUUCCAAAUCCACCAUUUUUAACAACCCUUUAGCUCAAGGUCAGAGUUUUGGGUUUUUUCAGGACCAAAUUGGUGGUUCCGUUUUAAGUGGGUUUACUGAAUUUAGCCCUCAAAAUGAAAUGGGUAGUCCUAAUUUGGGAAGUAAUCCACAAUUUGCAACUACCCAUUUGGGGCAAUUGGGUGAUAAUGAUGGUGGUGGAUUUGUUGGUGGUUCUUUAGGUGGAGGGUCUCGGUUUCGAGGUUUCGAAGAAGGGUUAGGGAAUUCGAUGUUUGUGAAUCGAAGCUCGAAGAUUUUGAAGCCUCUUGAUAAUUCAGCACCUGCUGGUGCACAACCUACUCUAUUUCAAAAGAGAGCUGCACUUAGGAAGAAUGGUUUUAGUGGUAAUAAUUCUGGGAAUUUGCUAAAUUCACCUGGGAAUGGUAAUGGUAAUGGGUGUGAUGAAGAUAGUGGGAAGUUGAAUUCUGGCUCUGGUGGUGAAACUGAUAAGAAGAGAAAAUUUGGUAAUGUGGGUUUUUUAGACACUGUUAGUAUGGAUGGUUCUGCAUUUAAUUAUGAUUCAGAUGAUUUUACUGAGAAUAACAAUUUUAAGAUAGGAGAUGAUGGAACUAAGAAUGGUGGAACAAAUUCUAAUAACAAUAGUACAAUAACUGGUGGUGGUGGUGCUGCUGCUGCUGAUUCCAAGGGUAAGAAGAAAGGACUACCAGCUAAGAAUCUAAUGGCGGAAAGGCGGCGUCGCAAGAAGCUCAAUGAUAGGCUAUACAUGUUGCGUUCCGUCGUCCCCAAGAUCAGUAAGAUGGAUAGGGCUUCGAUACUUGGGGAUGCAAUUGAAUAUCUAAAAGAGUUGCUGCAAAAGAUUAAUGAUCUUCAUAAUGAACUGGAGUCGACCCCCCCUCCGUCGUUGACACAGACAACAAACUUCCAUCCUUUAACUCCUACACUGCCGAACUUACCAUCUCGAAUCAAGGAAGAACUCUGCCCCAGCUCAUUGCCAAGCCCUAAUGGUCAACCUGCAAGGAUUGAGGUAAGGUUAAGGGAGGGAAGAGCUGUCAACAUCCACAUGUUCUGUGGUCGCAGACCAGGUCUCUUGCUUUCGACUAUGAGGGCUUUGGAUGGUCUUGGUCUGGACAUUCAGCAAGCCGUGAUCAGCUGCUUCAAUGGGUUUGCUAUGGAUAUUUUCCGCGCUGAGCAAUGCAAGGAUGGGCAGGAUCUGCACCCUGACCAAAUCAAAGCUCUUCUCUUGGAUUUAGCCACCUUCCAUGGCUCAACAGUAAUGGGUAAUUGCAAUAUGUGACAUUGCAUUUGCAUAGAAACUGCUGCUUCGAAAUUUGGAUGCAAGGAAGGAAGAUGAUAAAGGAGCUUGGAUGAUUUCAUUUCAAAAAAAAAUUGUCCCCCUUUUCAUCAACUAAUUUAGUGUAAGAGAGAUGUGAAGUCAAGUUGUAAUGGUCAGUUUGAUGGCUUUUCUGAGUUUAAAUUACCGUCAUUACCAACGUAGGUGGUUCUAUUUCCUGCAUUUGCUAUUCUGUAGCUUUUUAUUUUCUUUUUUGCAACCUUUAAUAAAAGUAAUAUUUAUA